GGGCGGCGGGAAGUCCACGCUGGCCCAGCGUCUCGGCACGCGGCUCCGCGGCGAGGGGCGCCGGGUCACGCUGACCAGCGAACCGGGCGGCACCGCAGCCGGGAAAGUCAUCCGGCAACUGCUGCUGCACACCGACGGACCGCUCGCCCCCGAAACCGAACUCGCGCUCUUUUUCGCGGCCCGGGCCCAAAACAUCGCCGAGGUGAUCCGCCCGGCGCUCCUCCGGGGCGAGGUGGUGAUUUCGGACGCUUCACCGAUUCGACGAUCGCUUACCAGGGCGGGGGCCGGGGUCUGCCGGUGGAACAGAUCCUGGCGGUGGACCAGGCGGUCACCGCAGGCUUCCGCCCGCACCUGACGCUGGUGCUGGAUCUGCCGGUCGCCGCCGGUUUUGCGCGCCUCAAGGGGACCGACCGGAUCGAGCAGGAGGCCGAGCGGUUCCACCACCGCGUCCGCGAGAGUUUCCUCCGGAUCGCGCGCGAGGAACCGGAGCGGGUCGUCGUGAUCCGGGGGGAUCAGAGCCCCGACGAAGUGUUCGAGGCGGCCUGGGCACGUGAUCGCCGCCCGAUCGGAAAGGAAGGGCUGACGCGGUGUCCGGAUUUCGAUCCCCGCGCCGUUCCCGCGGUUGGCCGGCGCUUGCCGCGAGCGGCCGGCUGCCGCAAAGCCUCCUGCUGA